AUGGAUUCUUACGGUGAUAUGAAUCGUGUUUUAAUCUCGGAUGAUGUUGAUUCUCAAUGUGUUGAUAUGUUAAUUGCUAAUGGAUUUUCCGUAGAAAUAGAUAUUAAAUUAGCUAAACAACCUCAAGAACAAUUAAUUAAACGACUUCAAGAUGUUGAUAUUUUAAUUGUUCGAAGUGCAACUAAAGUAACAAGUUCUGUUAUCGAAGGAUCACCACGUUUAAAAUUAAUUGGACGACCUGGUACAGGAACAGAUAAUAUUGAUACUGAAGCAGCAACACGUCAUGGAAUCUUAGUUAUGAAUACACCCGGUGGCAACACUAUUUCAGCUGCAGAACACACAUGUACUUUGAUUUGUGCUUUAGCUCGGAAUAUUCCAAGUGCUUGUGCUUCAUUAAAAACAGGAGCA